AUGAUUAUUCCGAUCCGUUGCUUUUCCUGCGGCAAGGUCGUCGGCGAUCUCUGGGAGCGCUACCUGCAGCUGAUAUCUGAUCCUAACAAGACGGAUGGCGAUGCCAUGGACGACCUCGGGCUGAAGCGUUACUGCUGCCGUCGUAUGAUUAUGACCCAUGUUGAUCUCUGCGAGAAGCUGUUAAAAUACACUCCAGACGGCCGAAACGAAAAGAAGCAGCGGCUCAACGAACUGGCGUGA